GUCAAAGUCACAUUGUACUUUGUAUGGUACUGUUUUGAGGUUAUGUUAGCCAAAAUAACACGGUGUUUUUGAAUUAAAUAUCUUUAAAAUAAUAGAAUGAGUAAGAAACUUAAUAAUAUGAAAUGGGAAUCCGUGGCGCUGGAUGGAUUCCCAGCGUCCAUGACGGACAAAUUCCAAGGUUUCGUGGGAUUGGAAGAAUGCACAGAUUAUAGUUUCGAUAAAGAAGGCAAGCGGUCUAAAAAGAACAAAAAACAAGAAAAACUAGCUGCGAAAAGAGAACGGAAGAAGCGGAAAUCCUCUGAAAGUGAAACCAAAGAGGUUCCAAGCAAAAAAGUUAAACUAGACAACGGUUUUAUUGUAGAAUCAUGUAACAACACAGAACCAUCACUAGCCAACAACAAACAAAAACGAAAUAAGAACAAAAAGAAAAAAAAUAAAAAUGCUAAAAACUUAAAUAAUGACAAUAAUACUGGCGAAACUAGCGACGAUGAUAAAGAAAAUGGCAACACUGAAGAAGUGCCAAAGAAAAAGAAAUCUAAAAAUAAAAAGAAAAAAGUAAAAGAGACUGUUGGUACUGAAAAAGUAGUAAAAAAGGUGAAACAAAGAUUGGGAGAUCUUCCGAAGUCUACGUCAGAAUUGACUCCAGAAGAUAUGCUGACUUGGGCAGAGUUUAAGUUGCAAGAGCCUAUAAUUAAAGCUUUGACUGAACUGGGAUUCAAACAGCCUACUAAGAUCCAACAGUUGACCCUACCAGCUGCUAUUCAUGGUCGUAGAGACAUCCUAGGUGCAGCAGAGACAGGCAGCGGCAAAACCCUAGCCUUUGGCCUACCAAUCCUUUGCGGUAUCCUCAAACUAAAAGAAAAGGCAGAGCUAAAAGGCCUAGACGUCUACGACAUACCAUACAGGAAACCAGCUCUAAAGAAAAAGGAGGAACCAAAAGAAAAGAAGCAGAAAUACAAACGAAAAGACCGCAAAGAGAAUAAAAAGAAGAUUGUACAAGAAGAAAAAGUCAAAGAGUCUUCAGAAGACGGCUAUAGUAGUGGGAAAGAGAGUGAUGAAGAAGGAACGAAGAAUGUAACAGAAGGAUCAAAGAACGUAGAAGAAGAGUAUUUAGAAGAAUAUGAUGUUCCUGUUAGAAAGAGGGAUAAUUCGGCCGAUGAGGGGAAUGACAGUGAUGAGGAGAAUUACAUACAUUUGUCUGAUAUGUUGGACUCUGAUGAUUUGGCUGAUAGUAGUGAUGAUGAGGAUACUGAAGGGGCUGAUGAUGAAGACGGUAGUGGUAUUGAUGAUGAUGAUGAUGAUGGUGGGGAAAGUGGGGAUGAUGUUGAGAGUGGGGAUGAAGAGGAUAGUGAUGCAAGUGGGGAUAUAGAUGGUGAUGGGAGUGGUGACGAUGAGGAUUUGGAGGAAGAAGAAAAUGAGGAUGCUGAUGAAGUCAAUGAGGAUGAACAAGGCGUAGGCUGUGUAAAGGUGGUAGACAACAUAGAAAUGCCCGGCCACGUGUCCGUGAAGACUGGCAAGCCGUUGUAUGCUCUCAUCCUAACUCCUACGAGGGAACUCGCUAUACAGAUCAGCAGGCAUCUGAUAGCCGCUGCCAAGUAUACAGGUAUAAAAGUAGCCACAAUAGUGGGCGGCAUGGCGGCCGUGAAACAGGAGAGGGUGCUCCGCUCCGGGCCCGAGAUAGUGGUCGCUACGCCGGGACGGCUGUGGGAGCUCAUUGGCCAGGGACAACCACAUCUACAGCAGUUGGAUUCUGUCAAAUUCCUAGCAAUAGACGAGACGGACCGCAUGAUAGAGCGCGGCCACUUCGAGGAGUUGACGCCGCUACUGGAGCGCCUGAACGCGGACGAGGAGCGCAGGGCCGCGCGACAGAACUUCGUGUUCUCCGCCACUCUUACCAUGGUGCAUGAUCUACCCACGCACAUGAAGGGGAAGAAAGUAACGAAACACGGUAAGAUAAUAAACCGUAAGAUCGAGAAGAUGACUCCGCAGCAGAAGGUGAACCGGCUCGUCAGGAUGAUCGGCAUGACGGAGCCCAAGGUCGUCGACAUCACCACGCAGAACUUGGGUACAGCAGAAACGCUAACAGAGUCCCGUAUUACAUGCGCGUUGGAACAUAAAGACGCAUACCUAUACUAUAUAGUCAAGAGGCACCCCGGCAGGACUAUUGUAUUCUGUAACUCUAUAGGCAGUGUUAAGAGAUUAGCCCAAUUGUUUACACUGCUCAAGUGUCGCCCUCUACCGCUACACGCCAGCAUGCCGCAACGACAGAGAAUAAAGAACUUAGAAAGAUUCCGAGACGACCCUCACGGAGUGCUAAUAGCAACAGACGUAGCGGCGAGAGGUCUGGACAUCCCUCACGUGGAACACGUGAUACAUUACCAAGUGCCUCGCACGGCCGAGAACUAUGUACAUCGCAGCGGGAGGACCGCCAGAGCCAGUCGGGAGGGCCUCACUAUACUCAUGAUGGAUCCCUCUGAAGCCUAUCUGUAUGCGAAAAUGUGCCGUACUUUGAAUAAAACAUCUGAAGUCCCGACCUUCCCAGUAGACAGUCAGGUCCUGGCUCCCAUCAAGGAGCUGAUGGUGGUAGCCCGAGAGUUGGAUGCACUGGAACUCAAGAAGCGCAGGGCUGCGCAGGCGCAUGGAUGGAAGGAACGAGCUGCCAGAGAGAUGGACAUCAUUAUUGAUGAUGAUGAUCUUCCAGUGAAGCAGGUGAACGCGUCAAUAGACAAGGAGCUAAAGGCCAAACGUCGGCAACUCGACUCGUUGCUCUCCCGGCCUAUAUACCCUCGGGGAUUCUCCUUCAAAUACCCCACUCUUAACAAUGAUACCACGGUCUUCCAGGGCAGCGAGGAAAAUGCACUACAGGUAAUGAAAAACGCAUUAGAAUCAGGACAGCUGAAGAAAGAAAAACGGAAAAGUAAGAACGCGCCGCUGCUACAGCUGCAGAAGAAAUUUAAGAAAAAAUAGAUAAUACAAUUUGUAUAUAACUACUGUUAUUAUAUAUUGUGUAAUAAAUCAUUUUUACAAUAAUUA